AUGAAAUGUGAGGGAUGUUGUGUGGGCUGGUGGAGGAAUGCGAUGUGUUUUUUUUUUUUUUUUUUUGUUUCUGCUUGCAACAUAUGUGGACACUUAUCCCCCCUGUGUUUUGGGACACGUGAAACGAAAAGUUUUGCUGAGAGAUGUUUCUUUUCUUUUUUUUUUUUUUUUUUUACUGCUUCUUUUGCUUGUGGUCUUAAGUUGCGGAGAGGUGUGGGUGCGGCGGAGCAGCAACGAAGAGGGCAGUUGGAACAUAAUAUUUUAGGUACGAAGGGAGUGGAGGGGAGUGUAACGGAGGCAGCAUUAAAGAGGAAUAGAGAAGGAAUGAAGGCGUCUGUGUGUGGAAUGCAUUCCGUGGGGAAGAGGUGUGGUGUAAACGAGGACAGCGGAAGGGUUCAGGAUGAUACGACGUGCAUGGUGGGUCAAGAGCUGAAUAACGGCGUGGUUCAGAGGGAGGAAGAAUCUGCAGAUGUGCAGUUGUCACUCUCAUUUUCAGAAAUGCGUGUUGGGACCCACACAGAGUAUGUGGAUUCUUUGAUGCGGAACGCCACUUCUACAUUGUCGGUUUUUGGCGGUGGCACAACAUUGGGAGUUAGUACGGACACUGAAAAUGGUGCAGGGAACAAGGACGCCGAUUACCAACCACUCCGAUUGCAGAUGGCGUGGGAUGGAGGUGUUUGCAUGUCUCAGGUGGAUGGCGUUUGUGUUAUGUUGCCGGCGGAAGAAGCACAGGCGGAGGAUGCGCACUUUGCUGCCCCUCAUGCCAAUUCCAUCGACUCUGAACGCUGUCCGCUCGGAUGCGAUGAAAACAGUUCUGCAACAAGUUGGAUGUUACGACAGAGGAGGCUACAGAAUAGGGCAGAGCAAUGGCGGCGGCACGAGGAGGAGUUGUGGCGACGAAGGUACGAGCAGUCUAUUUCUCAGAAUUGUGCGGCGACAAUUGUGAAAGUCCCCCAAUUGACCGAGACGACGGCCUUACAGAGUCACAAUGAUGAUGUGCAUCUGGGAACCGACGAGAGUGGUGAAUUUGACGGCGAUGCAGGCGGCUGUGAUGAUAGUACAGAGCCGCAAGCUAAACGUUUCAGCACGGCAAAUGGCAGGCGACUGCGCCGAUACCGUCCGGAACCCAUAAAAAGUGAAGAUGAUGACGUGGCCAUUCCUCUUUGGCAAAAGUCUACAUGUAGGAGAAACCCCUGA